AUGCCGCAAGCCUCAACGGCGACGAGGGACGAUCUGCUGUCCUCCGGUCCGGAUUCGAGCAGUUCGGAUGACGAGUCAAUCCCGUUCAACCGCAACUUCCGGGACGACUUGCUGGAUGCAAGACGGCCCAUCAGGGUCCGAGACUCCGGGAGCGACUCUUCCUCGUCCGAGGACAAGGGCGAUGACGAGGUCAAGGAUUCCCAGCCGGAGAGCCAGUCGCAGGUCGCCGGGGCCCGAUCUUUCAGGGCCCGAGCCAGCCUGCCCAACUAUAACCUGAAGCAGCUGAGUAGCGUCCGCACUCUUACUAAGAAAGGUGCUAGGAAGGGAUCCAAAUUCGUCGAUGAGGAAUCAGCGUCCUCCGAGGAUGGCGACGAGCUUGGCGCGACCACAAUCGACCUGGGACAGCUGCAGUACGACGAGAUGAAGCCCCUGAGGACCUGCGGAGAUAGACUUUACAACGAAUGGAUUGGAACUCUCAAUGGGAGGAAGGUGCGGGUCGCCGGAGCGGGGGCGCUCUUCCCCAAGGAUUAUCAGCCGCUCCCCGAUGUCGAACGUCCCUGGGUAUGCGCAGUCCGGGCCUGUAAGCGGACAUUUGUGUCGACCACGGGACUGGGCGGUCAUUUUAAUAUGGCGCACCGCGCAUGCCUGCUCAAUGAUAACGGCGACGCGACCAUGACUGUCAUAGGCCGGCGGCAGAACCCCGAGGCGACCGGGAGGUAUCCGGCCGUGGUGGUAUCGGCGGUACCUCUACCCGACAACAGAAAGACCGUGGUACUCGGGCCAAAUGAUCCGCCCAAUGGGAAACGGUAUCGCCAAGUCCUGGAUCCCAAUGCCAGCUGGGCUGCUGCUAGCCAGUCACCCUUGUGGCGGUACCUGCGCACGAUCCUCCCGAACACGGUUACGCUUCCAAAAUACGCACCUGCGCUCGAGCUCCUGGCUCUUCCCCAGCGCCGUCUUCUCCCAGACUCAGUGCAAGACAGGUUCCGCGACGGGCUCGUCGACAUGGAAGUAGAUGUUAGGAUCGUCUGCGCGAUUCUGCUCUACCUCACGGGUGCCAGGGGAUUGUGCAACAACUGCAGCGACCCGAAAGGGGCGGCGUCCAACAUGUUCGACAUGUGCGUAGCCCUGCGCCCGUCGGCCUCGGCGGCGCUCAAGAAGACUUUCGGGCCCUCUACCUGCUGCAACUGCUACCUGGGCGGCCUGAUGCGGCCGUGCGUCAUGGUUCGCUCGAACCUCCCGGACACGGAAUCGCUGGAGCAGGUCAAUGGCCUAGACCUGCCAGAGGCGCCGAAGGAAGAGUUGAGCCAGUUGCCGGAUGAGAAGGAGGAAGAAGUGGUGGAGCGCAGGUGGUCGAGCAGGCUCAUGACCCUCAACUCGGCUCGCGCAUCCACUAGGACGAGCCUGUCCCGGGAAAAUUCCACUGUGAAGCCGACAUUGGUCACUCCCGUGCCGAUCCCGACGUUUGGCCAGACGGCCUUGCGCAAGCCUGCCGCCGCCGCUGCUGCGGGCCCUGCUACCUCCGCGGUCGUGGCCCCACCGGACAUCAACAACUUAGCAGCGAGCCUCGAGUUGGAAGACUGGGAAUUCGCCCCAGGGCGGAUACGGGACGAGGGAGAGGGCGAGGAAGGGCCCGAGAACAUCGCCUUCUCAACGGCCUUCGUAUCCCAGAAUCAGACCGUGGCGGUUGCCCCGGACGUGACGUUCCGGGUACAGAUGGUCAAGCCGGGCGAGUGCGCGCGGUUCACGGCCGAUCCGGACCGGCUGCGCAUAUGCUCCGUCGCGAGCGGCAAGGUGCGCGUCAAGGGCCUGGUGGCGGGGCAGGACUUCGCCGUCGGGCCGAACGGCGUGUGGAAGAUCAAGGGGGGCGCGGCGUGCGUUGUCGAGAAUCGGCUCUACCUCGACGCCGUGGUGCAUGUCAGUAGCGUGCCGUGUUAUGACUUAUGA